GACUAAAAGAGGGUAAAAGCCAUUCGAGGGAUACACGAGGGUUGAGUGAACUAUUUUUGAGAGAAACACGUGAGUGAGUGUUGGGAGGAAGUAAAUUAUUAUUAUUAUUAUUAUUAUUAUUUUUUAUUUUUUUGGCAGAAAUAUAAGAUGGGUGAUCAAAACCCCCCACCAAACCUUCAAGUUCAAGCUAUGAUGGAUGAAAUGCGACGUUUGAUGACAAAUGAAUUUAACCAAGUACAUGAAAGAAUGGACCGAAUGGAGGCACAAGUACAAAGAACUCGAUCUCGAGCAUCAUCACAGGUUUCUAACGGGGAAGAGGAGGAUGAUGGUUGGGAACCUGAAAGGCGACCAAAUAGAAGGAGGUCACGAAGAGAUGACAAUUUAAGUUCUAUUAAAAUGAAAGUUCCUUCUUUCAAAGGCAAGUCAGACCCGGACGCGUACAUUGAAUGGGAGACAAAAAUGGAGUUCAUAUUUGAUUGUCAUGAAUAUUCCAACCGUAAGAAGGUAAAACUAGCCGUAGUUGAGUUUUCUGAUUAUGCACUAACAUGGUGGGAUCAACUUCUAAUCACUAGACGGAGAAAUGGAGAAAGGCCUAUUGAGACAUGGGAUGAAAUGAAGAGUGUCAUGCGAAGACGGUUUGUGCCAAGUCAUUACUUUCGUGAUCUCCACAAUAAACUUCAAAGCUUAAAACAAGGCAGCAAGUGUGUUGAUGAUUACUUCAAAGAAAUGGAGGUUAUGAUGGUUCGUGCCAAUAUUGAGGAGGAUCCUGAGGCAACCAUGGCCAGAUUCUUAAAUGGCUUAAAUCUUGAAAUUCGUGAUCGCGUUGAGAUGCAACAUUAUGUUGAAAUUGAAGACAUGGUCCAUAUGGCUGUUAAAAUUGAGAAACAAUUAAAAAGAGGUGGUGGGUCUCGAAAUAACACUUGGAAGGCUAGUACUUCAAAAAAAUCAGAAAAUACACCUACUUCUUCUUCUAAUUCCAAAUCUGAUCCUAAAACAACAAACUCUUCAAAAGGAAAAACUGAUUCUUCUACUUUUAGGAAUCGUGACAUAAAGUGUUUCAAGUGUCAAGGAAGGGGUCAUAUUGCAAGUCAAUGUCCAAAUAAGCUUACCAUGGUGGUUAGAGAAAAUGGCGAGAUCGAAACGGAUGAAUCAGAUUCUAUAGUUUCAACGGAAGAUUGUAGUUAUGAUGAAGAGGUGGCUGUUCAAGGUGAUUUGUUGGUUGCAAGACGAGCUCUAAACAUUCAAUCCAAGGAGGGAGACGAUGCCCAAAGGGAGAAUAUAUUUCAUACUCGUUGUUAUGUUCAAGGCAAGGUAUGUAGUGUUAUAAUUGAUGGUGGGAGUUGUACUAACGUUGCAAGUACUUCCAUGGUUGAAAAGUUAGGUAUACCCACGAUGAAGCAUCAAAAACCAUACAAACUUCAAUGGCUCAAUGAUAGUGGUGAGGUGCGAGUUACAAAACAGGUGAUGGUUUCAUUUCGGAUUGGAAGAUAUGAAGACGAGGUGUUGUGUGAUGUUGUUCCUAUGCAAGCCACUCACUUGCUGCUAGGUAGACCAUGGCAAUAUGAUAGACACGAAUUUGGAGACUUGUUUGCUGAGGAUGUUCCAAAUGGAUUGCCACCAAUUCGUGGGAUUGAACACCAAAUUGACUUUAUGCCUGGGGCGUCUAUUCCCAACAAACCAGCCUAUAGAACAAGCCCUGAAGAAACCAAGGAGCUACAAAGGCAAGUUGAAGAGUUACUUGCAAAGGGAUUGGUUCAAGAAAGUAUGAGCCCUUGUGCCGUUCCAGUCUUGUUGGUGCCAAAGAAGGAUGGUUCUUGGAGGUAUGUGGUGAGCUCCCAAGGAGUGGCUGUUGAUGAAGAAAAGGUAAAAGCCAUCCAAGAUUGGCCAACUCCAAAGACUAUAAGUGAAGUUCGAAGUUUUCAUGGCAUGGCAAGUUUUUAUCGCCGGUUUGUCAAACAUUUUAGCACUUUAGCAUCACCACUUACAGAAAUCAUCAAAAAGAAUGUUGGGUUUAAAUGGGGCAAAGAACAAGAGCAUGCUUUUCAACAACUCAAGUUUCACUUAACUCAUGCUCCUUUGUUGUCUUUGCCUAAUUUUGACAAAACAUUUGAAAUUGAAUGUGAUGCAUCAGGAAUUGGAAUUGGUGCUGUUUUGAUGCAAGAGGGUAAACCUUUGGCAUAUUUCAGUGAAAAAUUAAGUGGGGCAACUUUAAAUUACCCAACUUAUGACAAAGAGCUUUAUUCUUUGGUCCGAGCAUUGAAAACAUGGCAACAUUAUCUGUGGGCUAAAGAAUUUGUAAUUCAUUCAGAUCAUGAGUCCUUAAAGUUUCUAAAAGGACAACACAAAUUAAACAAAAGACAUGCUAGGUGGAUGGAGUUCAUUGAGACAUUUCCUUAUGUCAUCCGAUACAAGAAAGGUAAGGAAAAUGUUGUGGCUGAUGCUUUGUCACGUAGACAUAAUGGUUUUUUGUUCAAAGAAUCAACACUUUGCAUUCCUAAAUCUUCCUUGCGUGAGCUUUUGGUUAGAGAAGCACAUAGUGGAGGCCUUAUGGGACAUUUUGGGAUCGCAAAAACAUUAUCUACUUUGCAGGAACAUUUCUUUUGGCCAAAAAUGAAGGUGGAUGUUGGAAGAAUUUGCAAUAAUUGUAUUGUGUGCAAGCAAGCCAAAUCCAAGGUUCAACAUCAUGGUUUAUAUACUCCACUUCCAAUACCAUGUGAACCAUGGGUUGAUAUUUCAAUGGACUUCGUGUUGGGUCUACCAAGAUCCAAAAGUGGAAAGGACUCUAUUUUUGUGAUUGUUGAUAGGUUUUCUAAAAUGGCUCAUUUUAUUGCAUGCAAUAAAACUAAUGAUGCAUCUCACAUUGCUGAUUUGUUUUUUAGAGAAAUUGUCAGGUUGCAUGGAAUGCCAAAAACCAUUGUCUCAGAUCGGGAUUCUAAGUUUUUGAGUUAUUUUUGGAAAACUUUGUGGGCAAAAUUAGGGACAAAACUCUUGUUUUCAACAACUUGCCACCCACAAACGGAUGGUCAAACAGAAGUGGUGAAUAGGACCUUGUCCACCUUGUUGAGGGCUUUAAUAAAGAAGAACAUCAAAACAUGGGAGGACUGUUUGCCACAUGUUGAGUUUGCAUACAAUCGUGCCACUCAUUCUGCUACAAAAAUGUCACCAUUUGAAAUUGUAUACGGUUUUAAUCCUUUGACUCCUUUGGAUUUAUCACCUUUGCCUUUGGUUUGGUUACAUAUGAGAAAAGAACGAUUUCCAGCCCAACGACGUUCAAAAUUGCUUCCAAGAGGGGACGGUCCUUUCCAAGUUUUAGAGCGUAUCAAUGACAAUGCAUACAAAUUGGACCUGCCGGGUGAGUAUAAUGUUAGUGCAACUUUCAAUGUAACUGAUCUAGCUCCUUUUGAUGUAGGUUCUGAUUUGAGGACAAAUCCUUUUCAAGAGGAGGGGAAUGAUGCAAACCCACAGCUGUCAACAAAGGAUCCAAAUCAAAUGCCAGAUGGACCAGUUACGAGGGCACGAGCUAAAACAUUCAAAGAGGCUUUAAAUGGAUUGGUUAGAGAAGUUUGUACUCAAGAAAGUGUAUGGAGACCCAUUGGACCCAAUCAAAGUUGGAUUACCAUAAUUCAAGUCCAAGAGUGAUUUACAAGAUACAAUAAGAGCCUUUAUAAGCCCAUUUCGUUUUUUUCUAUAUUUUUAUGUAAUUUUCGUUUUUAUAUAUCCUAAAUAAGUGUUGGGGAGAUAAAAGGGUCUUAGGUUACAUGAACCUUGUGAUAAACCAUGUCUAGGUUCAUAGUUUUAAACUUGGGGGUUAAAUGCCUUAAAUUAAAGACACUUCUUUAAUUCAUGGCUCUUUAGGUGCUCUUCCCACACUAUAAAAACGUGGUAUUUGUAUCCAUUUGAAAUCAAUCAAGUUUUGAAUACAAUUUGUGAGUUUUUAACUCUUUUUUCGUUCUUUGUGAACUUUAGAACUUAUCAGGUUUUCAUAGCUUGUGGCGUUCAAACUUAUCAAUCAAUUUGGUGGGUUGAUUGUGGCGUUUUAUACCAAGGUUCUUGUCUCUUUAUAGACAACGGGUCGCGGUUUCCACCUUUGUUUUACAAUUCUGUAACCAAAAGAACGAUCGGGCAAAACGUGUUCAAACCUCAAUUUUGGGUGAGAUCACAU